UCUUCAACGCGCUUGCGUGCCCAGCCAAAGGCUGGGCUUGCCAGAUCCAUGGCGCCAAUCAGAUGCGCAAUUGCAACUCAAGGCACGAGAGGAGAUUUUCAGCCUGUCCUCUCUCUUGGCAUUGGCUUGAAGCGUGCUGGACAUGUAGUGAAGUUCUUUGCCAACCCCGGCCAUUGUAAGAUGGCAAAUGAGUUUGGGUUGGAGAGUGUUGCUUGCUGCAUCGAAGUGAAGGACGUUUUGUCCACAGAGCGUGGCAUGAGGGCCAUGGAGAAAGGCGACCUUUUGAUGGUCUUUGCAGCUGGAGAUUUUGAUGAUGACCUGGAUUUGCAAACUGACUGGAGUGGGAUUUUCCAAAAUGAGAUGGAGGAGUUCAAGCCGGACGUUUUGAUUUGGACGGGCCUCAUGGGAGGCGAGGUUAGCAAGCUUCGAGAAAAGACCAAUAUGAUGAUUCCAGAGAUCAUUGCAUCCUACCAGCCACAUUCAGUUCCAACGAACCAUAUCACACCGGUCAACAUGCAACGCUUAGAGCUUGAGCCCGGACAACCACUUCUAUACACGUGGGUCCUGGAAAUGCAAACCGAUGCUGGAGGUAAUUUUUACCGUGUCCAAGAAGCAAUGAAGGAGGGUGUAGAGGUGGGUGUUUUCAACACUCCACAAGCAUCCUACGAGAUUAUGUUUAACAUCGAGGAGCAUCCAACACCAAGGAUUCUAGCUUACAGCCCUGGCUGGUGGGCGCCCUAUGAUGAUUGGCCCAAGACCUCCAACAUCCUCGUUCCAGGCAAUUGGAAGAUUCCAAAAGAGCAGCAAGAGGAAGCUGCAAAGAAAGGCUCUGCACUCUUCAACGCUGGAGACCAGCACACGGCCACAACUGACUUUAUCCUAGCUGGUGAGAAGCCGGUGUACAUUGGCUGGGGUUCUAUGAUGGUUUUUUCCAAGGAGCACAUGGCACGCUUGGCAGUGGGAGCUUUGAAAGAAGCGGGCAAGCGUGGUAUCAUUGUUGGAGGCUGGGCAGAGCUAUCUGAAUCGUCUUUGGGCGGUGACGAAGCUCAAGACUUGAAGGACUACAGCCAAAGCAAUGUACUUUUUCUCAAGUCUGCACCCCAUGAGUGGCUCUUCCCACAAUGCGCCUGCUGUGUGCAUCACGGUGGCAUUGGAACCACUCAGGCGUCCUUAAGCGCAGGUGUGCCAACCAUUGUUACACCUGUUUUUGCCGAUCAAAAAGACAUUGCCCGGAAGCUGUCAAAGGACCAGCAUGGCGAGGGUACUGUGCACUUGUCUCAAUUGACAGCGAAAGAGCUUGGAGCCAAGAUUCGGAAAUGCUGCGAGGACCCGACCAUCAUACAGAAUUGCAAGACGAUCGCUGAAGUCAUGGCGAAGGAGGACGGCAUCAAAAGUACCGUGGACUUUAUAGAGAAUUUCAAAAAAGAGGUGGACGCAGGAAUCUGGAAGAAGAAAAGAGAUGCUUUGGAAGAAAGGCUCAAAGCAGCUCACAACAAAUUCAAGCACUUGAAAGAUUUUGGGCAAAUCUUCGGCAAGUGGAACAUGGAUCUUUCGGAGAAGUAUCCACCCAUGAAGCAGUACAUGGCAGACCAGAUUAACAAACACGGGAGAAUGGUGGAGAUUUUUAUGAAGAAGAAGUUGUGGUUUGUGAAAUCUGCUGGCGGAUGCUUGGCUCGUACAGGCGAGGCACUCAAGUCAGAAGAGUCUGGCCGCUACAAGGAGUUUGCGAUGCUUGAGGAGGUUGGAGCCAGCAAGAACGGAAGCAGAAUCCACGUGAAACGAGUGAAAGGGAUUGGACCAGAUGAGGGCUGGGUUUCACCAGUGGUGUCUGGAAAAGACAUCGUUGUAAAGGUUGCCUCGCAAGCCGAAAUUGGAAAGAUCCAGAUGGAUGCGAUUGCCAAGCAGUUCUCCGAUAUCUUGGGAGAGAACGGGAGACCGGAGCGAAGUCAAUCCGGAGCGAAGUAGUUCCCUGCCCCAAGAGCCUGCGGAAAGCAUAA